GUCUAAAUAUUAAAGUACUAUCACUUUAUAUUGCUAAUAAUAUUUACACAUAUAGAUUGAAUAUAUUAGAAUUCUGUUGACAAGUGUAUAUAAAAUACAUAAAUUUGUGACUACAAUCAAGAUUUAAUGAUUAUUUGAUAAAAAAAUAAUAAUUAGUUAAUAUUAGGUCUAUCGGAAAGUUUUGUCCGUUUUUAGAAUAAAACAAAAUAAUAAAUUUUUCAUACCUUGAAUAAACUUUAUUGAAUAAUAUAAUUGCCAUCAUUAUUUAUGACUUCUUGCCAGCGUGAUAGCAAUUUGUAUAUCCCAUGUUUAAAAAAUACCUUAUUCCUAAAGGCGAAAAAUUGAAUUAGUGUUUAUCUGAUAUCUUCUUCGUUUGUGAAUUUUUUGCCUUAAAAAAAAUUUUGUAAGGACAGAAACAAGUGAUAAUCGGAGGAUGCUAGGUCCGGGGAGUAUGGUGGAUGCGACAGAAUUUCCCAGCCUAGCUCUAAGAGUUUCUGAUGGGUCCCUAAAACAAUAUGAGGCCUGACAUUAACAUGAAGCAGUAUGAUGUCUUUCCUAUUGAACAUCGCCGGCCUCUUUUCUUGAAGUGCUGUUUUUAAAUUAUCCAAUUGCUGACAGUAUCUCUCCGAAUUUACCUUUUCGUUUGGUUUUAACAGCUCAAAAUGUAUUGGUCCUUAAAUGUCCCACCAUAUACACAACAUUCUUAGACUAUCUUCGGUUUAGAGAUGGAGGUUUUCUGGGUUUACAAUAGGCCCUUUUCCUUACGAUGUUUUCGUAGGUAAUCCACUUUUCAUCCCCAGUUAUCAUCUAAUCUAAGAAGGGUUCGAUUUUGUUCCGUGCAAGCAGAAAUGUGCAUAUGAUGACUUAAUCAUUCAAAUUCUUCUCAUUUAACUCAUGUGAUACCAAUCUCAAAUAUUUCUACACCAAUCUUAGUUUCCGAAUAUGAUCCGAAAUGGUUUGUUGAGUUGAAUUAAGCCUUUCCGCAAUCUCCGAUGUUGUCAAAAAAGGAUUUUGCUCUAACAUGGUAUUGACAAUAUCGUUAUCGUCGAUCAAAGAUGGUCACCCAGAGCGUGGCUUAUCAGCAAGAUCGAAAUCACCUAUUUCAAAAUUUUCGGAUCAUCUUCUGCAUGUUCUAUCAGAAAUUGACCUUCACCAAACAUUUCCAAUAAAUUUUUACACGCUCCUAUAACAUUUCUUCCUUGUUGGAAUUCGUACAAAAUACAGUGGCGUAAAUGAACUUUAUCAGUGACCAUGGAUACACGAUCUCAAUAUUAACAUGAAUCAUCUUCGUUUAGUUCAUUCGCUUGUAUGUAUACAUUCAGUGAUAAAUAGAGAGAGGCAAAUAUGCAUCAAAUGAAUAUGCACAUACUUGUUGAAACUUGUUGUAACGGACAGAACUUUCCGGUACAUCUAAUGUAUACUUAUAUAUUAUUUUUAUAUCAAUUUCAAAGAAAUAAUAGGUUACCUUUGUUUUAUAUAGUAAUCUUAAUAUAAAUUGUGCUAAAACUAAAUAAACUAAAAUCCUGUACAUGUACUAAUGAACUUUUUAAUUAUUGUAAUAUAUCAUGUCCAAAUAUUAAAAUUAUUUUUAUACUAUCUUCACGGAGAGAACGAUUUUGUUCCAUUCGGUUUGGAUGGACAGUAUGACGAUCAGAUGGAGGAACUAGAGCACGCUACUCAGAGCCGUAUACAUAAAACAAAGUACCGUUGUAUCUAACUAUUAACUCUCUAAUAUUAUAAAUCUCUAAUGAAAUAAAGCGUAAAAGCUUAUGUGCGCGGGGUCCUUUUCCGGCUGUAUUCGGUUCUGAUAGUCUACAGGACCCAUUUGAUGAUAUGGAGGGGGCAAAAUGGGCGUUCCGUCGAGCGGGAUUUGACCGAACCAUAUGAAAUGCCGUUUUUUCUGUGAACACAAUAUAUAUAUAAUUAAUAGUAAAUGGUUUAUAUAUAUAUAAAUAGAGAAAUGAUGGCUUUACCUAUAGAGAUCUGGGAACAGAUAUUUUUAUAUGUUGAUACAAUAACUCUUACAAAAUUAAAAGUUGUAUGUAAUUCUUGGAGAGAAAUUAUUGAUAAAAUCUUAAAGGAACGUAACUUUUGGUAUAAAAAAUGUAAGGAAGAAAUAUCACAAAAUAUAUGGAGUUUACUGUUUGAAACAUUAUAUCCUAAUAGAUCAUAUGUUGAUUUGGAAAAUGCAAAAAAAGAAGGAGAAAUAUGGAUGAAUAUGUAUAAAUGGUGGACUAAGUGCAAGAAAUUAACAUAUUAUAAUAUUUUUCUUGAAAAUUUAGAUCCAUUGCCAAAAUAUCAUUUUCAAGAAAUCAUUACCUGUACUGCAGUAUUGGAAAAUACUUUGGCUAUAGGUACAUCCAAAGGAUAUAUUUAUUUUUACAAUAUUGAUGCUUUAAAUAAUAAACCAAUAUAUGUAGCAAAUCAUAUGGAAUUUUUAUAUAAAAUUAAAUUUUUGAAAAAUAGUAGAAAAAUUAUUCUUGUAUCUUCUUGUAUAAAUGGUCAUAUCAAAUUCUGGGAUCUUGAAUCUAAGGAACUCAUUAAAAAGGAUCAUGGAAAAUUACUCAGUACAAGUCAAAGUUAUUGCUAUACUGUCAUAAAGAAUACAUUAAUUGUCCAAGGAUGUAUUCCCAGGACAUUGUAUGAACUUCCUGUUGAUGAAAUUGUUGCUGGUGCUGCAGAUGGUAAUAAGAUAUCCUUUUAUACAAAGAAAGGACAUUUCAUUAAUGUACAGUUGGCAGAAGGUGAAGAAGUAUUUAUCACAGAAUUUGUAAAACCACCAAAACUAUAUAUCCGUGAUUAUUAUAUGUUUACUAAUAUAGCAGUAUGUAUUACAGAACAUGGACACUUAGGUUUUUCUAUUCAUGGUGGAAAGUGGAAAUUUCAUAAUAUACUUCCCAUAUUUCAUGGAACACCCACUGCUGUCUUAGUUUAUGCACACCUUCUCGUAUUAGGUUUAAACUCAGGUCAUGUUUGUAUAUAUUGUGUGGAAAAUUGGAAUAUAUUAGAUUUGAAUUCUACUUUGGCAAGACUAAUAAUAUUAGAUACAGAACCGAUUAUAUCAUUAAACAUAAGUGCACAUUUUAAAGAACGUAUAAUUGCAGCAAGCAUCAAAAGAGUACACUUUAUUCAUUUUACGUAACUUGGUAAAGUUCUAUCCACAUAAAACAAC